GUAGGGAAAGAUCUGUAGAGUUUUAUACUCUAACUUGUUAUAAACAAUGUUUUUUAAUAAUGAGUUAUUAGUCGUAAUCUUGUUUUGUUUUUUGGAUACGAUUUCAAUGGAGGAAGAUCCAAUGAAUGGAAUUGUUGAUGAAGACCCUAGAACACAUCCGAUUUUUACUUCACUGGCUCAAGUUCUUGAUUUACUAGAAAAAAACAAAGCGUACCAGAGCGAUCUAGCAGUCCAGCAGUUGCUGUUUGCGUACUUCAACCAAUGUCAGUCGAAGACCAUUAGUUACCUACCUAGACCUACCAGGCGUCCAUUCAUUGUAAUUGAAGGCCACCACAGAACAGCCAAAAGAAUGUUGUCGAUGAGGUUAUCCCGGAGACUAGGGGCCAGUAUGUUCAGCAACCCACCCAAGUGUUUGAGUUCUCUCAGAAACUUCUUCCCGACUGGCAGUCUACUUCUCCGAGCUUAUUUUCAACUCUGUGCUUACGCCUUGGCACAAAACACAAGGAGACUGGUGAACAUAUUUCCAAUUGUCAUCAAUGGGUACUGGAUAGAGCAGCAGAUCUACGCCAUCGCUAGAACCUACGGCGAGGAUGCUCCCCCUGAAGGACAUCCCAUCUACCAGUGGCCCAAGGAUCUCCUCAAACCUGACUUGAUAUUCUUUGUAGAGUUUCCAGACAACUUGCACAAUGAAAGCUUGACUACGAGACCACCCAACGCUCUGAAGCAUUUAUCCUUGUCAGCGCUCCACAAAAUCAGGAUUCCAGAGAGAGAGAUCAUUGUGAUCAACACAACUUUGGGCUUGGAUGCUGCGUUGAAGCACAUGGAAGGUAUCAUCGAAGAAACAAUCAGACCGAAAUUCCAAUACCAUUGGCUCAACACCACCAGAGGGCCAACGAGGAUACAUUUGAAAAAUAUAAAAGCUAAUAAACAAAUCUAA